AAUUCUUGUUUUUGAGUUGAAACACAGAGCUGCAAAGAACACUGAAGUCAAGUGGACCAAUCUUGUCGUGAUCCGUGGCCGCGGGUAUUUCUGGUCCGGCGUCCGGCUGUUAAUUUUGAUAGCUGCAGAAACAUAACAGUAAUCACGCGAGUCGUUACGUCAGUUUAGCCCAUUUAGUGCUGAAAAUUAUUUUUGUUCAUAACAAUGUAAAGGCUGGCCGAUAUUUAUUGAAUAUCAGUGUACUCAUUCCUCUGAUUCCUCGAUAUUUGGACUCGACGGCAAGUCAGUUUUCCGUUUCAGCAUUGGUUUUUUUAAUUCGAAUUUGAUGUACUAUGGCUGGAGAAGUGAUUGUUGACGCUCUGCCGUAUAUUGACCAAGGAUAUGACGAACCUGGUGUGCGAGAAGCGGCGUUAGCGAUGGUGGAGGAGGAGACACGCCGAUACAGACCGACGAAGAAUUACCUGGAGCACCUGCAGCCGCUGAGCUUGACCGCAUUCGAGACGGAGGUGCUAAAGCACGAGUUUGAGAGGAUGCAGAAUCGCCUGCCGAUGGAGGUGCUCAGCAUGAAACGUUACGAGUUGCCACCACCUCCGUUCACCAAGCUAAACGACGUGGAUGCGUGGAACGAGAGUGUGGAGAACAGCAGCGCGCAGCUGGAACAUCAAGCUACGAGAAUCUGCAAUUUGGAACUGAUGAUGGAUUACGGUUGUGAGGCGUGGAAAUCUUACUUGGAGGUACUGGUGCAGCUGGUGGGCGAGGCGCAGAAACAACUGCAAAUGCUGAGGAAGAUGAUCCAGGAGGUGAACUGGCAGAGGAAGUCCAUGCAGACACAAGGGGGGGAUAAACUGCGCGCUUUGGAGUCGCAGUGGGUCGGCCUGGUGUCGAAGAAUUACGAGAUCGAGCAGGCGUGCGCACACUUGGAGGAGCAGAUGCAGACGAUGACGUCGAUGAGCAAGGAGGCUGUGGAGAUCAACGAUGUGCCGAGUGCGGAGGAGGGACCCGAUGUGCCGGAAAAAAGCGCCACGGAGACGAUGGCUUUCCAGAUGCAGCAGCAAGAAGAUGAAGAUGAUGCGUAGUGAUUAGGUCUGUACACUGUUAAUUAUUACUAAUAGAUUUAUGUAAUAAUUAUAAUUACUAUAAGAUAUGUAAAGUAAUAAAAAAAAGUUUAAGCUGA